AUGGAACAGUCGGUGAUAACUGAACAUGACUGUAACGUUCUCGGCGGUCUCUUUCAGAUCAUUGUCAACGAUCUCAAGGGCGGCGCGUCUACAUGGGAAGACUUCCUGCUAAAAGCGAGCAAGUUUCAGAAUCAAUUAAAAGCCACCAUUAGCUCUUCAACGGCCUUUCUUGAUUCAUUCCAAAAAGUUGCUGACAUGGCAACUACAACACGAGGUGGCACGAAAGAAAUCGGAACGGCUUUAACACGUCUAUGCCUUCGUCAUCGAUCAGUGGAAGCCAAGUUGAAGUCGUUUUCCAGUGCCAUCCUCGACUGUUUAAUCAUUCCACUUCAGGACCGAAUUGAAGAGUGGAAAAAGACGACUGUUCAACUGGACAAGGAGCACAGCAAAGAGAUGAAGCGACUGAGACAGGAGUUCAAGAAACGUCAAAUCUGUGAUCCACUCAUGACGUCGAAUAGCUUUCGCUCAAAGAAACAUUCGUCUCGAAUGGGUAAAAACUCCAAAUACGAUUUUGGCAUCUACGGCACAAUUGGCGCGGCCAACAAAUCAAGCAAUUCCAACUUGUCGCGUUCCCUCGACUCGGAGAUUGAAUCCAACGAGCGACUACAGCAAUCACUGAUGCUCUUUGAGGAUCUGGAGAAGAAGGCGGUGCGCAGAGCUCUCAUUGAGGAGCGUAGUCACUUCUGUUUACUGGUCAACUUCCUGAGACCAGUCGUGGAGGAGGAGAUUGCCAUGAUUCAGGAAAUAUCACAUAUCCAGGAGAUAAUGGAGUCGCUGUGCAAGCUGACCACCGACCCGUUUGAUCUUCCACCGUCAAGUGAAACCGUCAUUUCCAGUUUGAAGGUGAGCAAAAAUGGCAGCACUGUGUGGAACUUCCAGUCGCCGCCAAGUUCACCUAGCUCACUUGGAUCUCGCAAAUCGAGCAUGUGCUCCAUAUCAAGCUACAACAGCUCUUCCAGCAGCAGCACUUACGGCCCCACUGGACCCAACAAAUACCUUUCUCUAACUCAUAUUCCUACCAGCACCUACACAACAAACAUUUACUCUCAAUCAAACAUUCAGUCGGAGAGCGUCUAUGCAAAGAAAACCGAUUCUCCGUCUUCUCAAGUGUCGAGUCAACUUGAGUCAACUGUCACCUCUAAUGGACGCUAUGGAAAUGGCAAUGAGAGCUCUACCGCUCACGAGCUUCAAUUUCCAAGCAACAGUACUGACAGUAGUUCCACUGUUGUCGACGAACACGGUUUCUACCGGAAUCCGCCGCUGAUUCUCAACUCAACCAAUCCCUUUCUCAACUCCUACACUCCCGAAGUGAGCAUUUACCAGUCAACCAAUACCUCUAGUCAGAACUCAUACUCGUCAGUGCAGAGUGAGGGCAACAUCUUCUCGGAAGGCUCCAUUACGCCGACUAAUUGUGAGCUAGUUGGCAAUGCUGGGCCCUUUUCCCCUCAAACUGAGCAACCCGCUUCCACUUCUACCAAGUCAAGUAAGCCGCCUCCGGCGCCGCCAGUUCGGCGAACCUCCUCCAUUUCCAAUCCCAAUGCAAUUACCAUGGGCACUCUGAAGAGUGCUGGAAUCAGUCCCAACUACGAUGAAGCCGGCAAAAAUCUCUCGGUCUACGAUGAAAUUAACGUCUUGACCAAGUCAAUGAAUGACAUCAACUACACGCUAAAGUACACUGACUUUGCCAACGCAACUACCUCAUCGCCCUCAAGCAACUCUCCGCAGGCUACUGUUCAUUCCACAGAGGAUAGCCGGUACAACACUGAUAAGAGUGGGGAAUACCACUCGGUGAAGAAUGUCUUUGAGAAUCACUACAUUUCCCCGCCAAUGACCACUCGAUCCAGCAUUGAUGAGGACUCCUCUCAGUUGCCCCUUCCUGCGCCUCCGCCCGAGGCCUUCAUUGACAUGUCGAGCAGUCACCCGGAGCAUCAUCACUACAAUAAGAUCACCAAUGUUCACCGUGAUUUCCUAGAGACCCUUAACUCCAAACUGAGCCAGUCGCCACUGGCAAACCAGAGCUCCAGUUCGCGCUCCUCAAAGAGACGAAACUCCAAUCACUCGUCGGACGACUGUGACAGUUCACUAUCAUCGCAUCAAGGAAAAUCACGAAGCUCGACAGCUCGAAGUGCUUCCACUACGCGGACUCUGAGCAGGAAAAAUUCAUUUGAAAAGAGUGCUUUAAUUGGCAAUUUCCGUGAAAACUUUAUCGACAAGCUGAAUCACUCGCUGGUGGCGAAGCACCAGAAUGCUGAAAUUGCCAAGGCGGCCGCGACGAAUGCACUGCAGCGUAAGCAGUCGGUGCCCGAUCUCAAUGAGCUAAACAAUGCCAGUCUGAAGAGUCAAAAUCGAGUCACCUUCUCGAGUUCACUAAACCUGAACGCUCCCAGUCAGUCGGGCGGCUUUCAGGUGGUCCAGAUACAGACCAACCCGACGCAGCAGCCAAUUUACGCUAGUCGAAACCAGUUGAGACGUGAAAUUCAGGAGCUUUACGGAUCACUGGGCACUGGAAUUUAUGGCUCCCUUCCCUCGGACAGCUCCUACCUGAAUGGAUUCUUCAAUAAGCUGUAG